AUGCUGACUAGGGCACGAUUCUGCUCCUCUCUCUUCCUCCAUCUCUGCGUCAACAUCAUCAUCUUUCUCCUACAAUUAGCCACCAUAACCGAUUCCUCCUCAUCUGACUCCACCAAGUCCUUCUUCCACCCAGCUUUGGCUGAAAUUUUCAAAAUCCACGCCAAGUCCCACAGAGUCCUCCACCAUAUCAUUCCACCAGAGUCCCGGAAAGAAAAGGUGCCCAAAACCGAUACUGAAAAAGAGUUAUGGUCGACUCUUGAUGCCACGGUUCUUCAAUGGAUUUAUGCUACCUUCUCUACUAACCUAUUGCAUACUAUCCUUGAACCCGACUCCGCGGCCAUGGAAGCUUGGAAUAGGCUACGUGACAUAUUCCUAGACAACAAAAAUUCUCGAGCCGUCACUCUUGAGCAUGAAUUUUCUCACACUAAUAUGGAGGAUUUUUCUAAUGCUUCCACAUAUUGCCAACGACUCAAGAUUCUAUCUGAUCAACUCAAGAACAUCGGUGCUCCAGUCUCCAACAACCACCUCGUCCUUCAAAUGGUAGCCGGACUUACUGACGCUUAUAAGGGGGUGGGUACACUCAUCCGUCAAAGCAAUCCUUUUCCUCUCUUCUAUCAAGCCCGUUCCAUGCUCAUUUUUGAAGAAACAGGCUUCACCAAACAGCUUGCCACGGGAUCCGCUAAUGCCAUGAUUUCUCGGGAUUACGACGAUAAUCCCACUUCUGGAAAUAACCAGCCAAACCGUUAG